GUAUCUUCGUAUGCUUUUGAACGUUUCCAGUAACAUUGGAAAUACCUUGAUCCAAAAAAUACCAAGACCGAGGAUGUUUAAAGUAUUUAUAAUUGUUUGCUUAUUUGGAGGCGUUGUUUCACAGUGCAACCCCAAUCCUUGUGAUCCUGGGUUAUGUAUUCCAUGGAACAGUGGGUACGAAUGUGUCUGUCCGUCAAAUAGGGCAGGAACAAACUGCACUGAAGCUGUCACUACACCUGCGGCAUGCGAUUGUCAGUGGACAACGAAUAAUGACGCAUGUAGUUCCAAUCCAUGUUUUGGAGAGGCAUCUGUUUGUAUGAACACAUUUGGAGACACCUAUAAAUGUCUAUGUCCACCCAAUUCACACGGAGACAGAUGCGAACAUGCUGAAGCCUGUGUAAAAUGUGAAAGUAACAAAUAUAGGUACAAGGAGUGCAAUAUAACAGAAGACCUCGUGGAUUUCAUGACGUUCACCUCAGUAAGGGUAGAAAAUAGGUUAUCAAGGCGACGAUGCCAGCUUGAUAGGUAUGGUUUGAACGACACUGGCGUUUGGGUUGCAGAUGGGUGUCGGGCAUUGUUCUGUCUGGCCUACAAUCUCGAUGCAUGCAAAAAUAACCCAUGUUUGGCAAAUGAAACCUGCAUCAAUAACCUGGAUAGCUAUACCUGCCUUGACCCUAGUACACCAGCAGGUGAUAUAUGUACGAAUGAGCCAUGUAAGAAUGGUGCUACUUGUCAGGUGACAUCUGCUACGGAAUACACAUGCACUUGUCCGCCUGGAUAUACUGGCAUAACAUGUGAAACUGUGAUCCAAUUGAUCAUUACAACCAAUCAGUGGAACAAUGAUGAUGCUGAAAUAGUUACCAGCUAUGCCCAAAUCUUCUCGAAGGAGGCUCUCCCAGUUGGAACUGGUGGUGCGCUGAUACAAUACACAGACUUCAUUACGAUCAAUCUUACGGAUUCACCUUCAAAGUUUUAUCAGGUGCCGUUUUAUGGGGAAUACUCGGUGUAUAUGUACCGGGAUACAGACAAGAAUGGGCUUAUCAAUAAAAACGAUGAGGGGACAAAGGCAAUCGUAGAUGUCCAAGCCGCCAUUGCUCUUGUCACUGGCGAUGGUACCUCCCUCGUUGGACUUCAUGACGUUGAGCUUUGCCCAUUAUCCAUCAGUGCUACCAAUGUACCUGGAAACGAUGGUACACGGUCAUUUUACUGCGCUGUAUUUGCACCGGGGGAUGGCACGUAUGAUUGUACAGAACAGCCAGUUCUGUUUGUUUAUGCAGGACUCGUACAAUGUGCAGGGGGAACGUGCUUUACUAUCGGAGCAGCUAAUGUCCCAGAUGCAGGUGUAAGUAGGGGAAACACAUACCCCGUGCCAGGAAACUACAGACUGGUGUGCCCGAUCCUUGAUAACAUCGAUCCUGCGCCACCUACUAAUAAUGGUGACUUCUUUGGUCUCACAAAUGCCGGUUUCGUAACCGUGAAUGCAUUCGACACGGCAGCUUGCAAUCCCAGCUACACUGUUAGUGGAGCUGCAACAGAUGUCCACGGCGCUGCUGUCAGAUGGACAAAGUCAGGAUCUUGCCCAGCUCCCUAACUAUUCCUACAUAAUGUACUCUUUCUCAACCUAGCACCUAGAUGACCUCUACGAGAUCAAUGAUUGUGUUUAUCUUGAUUAGGCUUGUUUUGUGAACUGAGGUUUAGGUUUCCAAAAAGACUUUCCAAGAAUAUUUCACCCUCAAAAACAUGAAAUCACAAGAAGAAUGAGUACUGCUGUAGCUCUUUGCUUGGCAAAUGAUCAAAAGUAUAAUCAACAAUAUAUCAUCUAAAUAUAAUAUUUCGUCAGUUGAUGUACUAAACAAGUUUAAGGCGCAUCUGUAUAAAGGAUUUGUCUCCUGAGCUGAAGUAAUUGAUCUAAAUGAUGGAUUUUCUAAAUAUGAUGUGUGGAUGUGUUUUCAUUGACUGAUGUAUUGGUGCAGAAUAUCGAAUACUGUAUAUAAAUAUGGGAAACGUGACUGUAAGCGAGCGCAAAAUAUGUACAUUGUGACUUUUAUUCUAAAGAUAAUUUCUAUUUUUGGGUUGUCUACGAAUAUCCCAUUCUUAA